AUGCAGGACGUAAUACCCAGAGUGCUUCAACAAGGUACAUCAACUCAACCUGGCAUCACUUGGAUAAACAUUACGUCAGAGAGAUGGCUGUCGUACAGCAAUUCAAGCUCAGAGUGUGACUGGUACUCAACAGAAAUCGUUAGAGGACAUGAGGCUUGCAAUGGAAACAAUAGUUUGACGUUUCUUGGUAUCAAGCAAAACAACAUUCAGGGUUCACUGCCUGGGGAGCUGGGGUUACUAACAUCCUUAGAAAUUCUUGACAUAUCUCGAAACUCAAUUGGUGACACAAUCCCAACAGAGAUCUUUGCUCUGCCGAAACUUUGGGUGUUCACGUUGUACCAAAAUCAAUUACAAGGAACGGUUCCGUCUGAAAUUGGUCUCCUCUCAGACACACUAGAAAACCUUUCAUUACAUAACAAUGAACUAACAGGGACAUUGCCCGAAGAACUCUUCAUGCUAUCCAACCUCAAACAGCUUCGACUUAGUUCCAAUCGUCUUAUGGGAUCACUUCCCAGUGAUAUUGGCUUUCGCUUGCCAAAACUAAGCAUCCUAGACUUCAGCAGAAGUCCAUUCGGUGGAACCUUACCGUCUUCAAUAGGCCUCUUGACUGCGAUAAGGGAUCUUGGGUUCCAUAACACUGGAGUCUCUGGUACCCUCCCCACAGAGCUCGGUGGGUGUGCAAACCUGGAAAGGUUGCUUGGACGGGAAAGUAACUUUUAUGGAACUUUACCGUCAGAGUUGGGGAUGCUAACUAGCCUACAGACAAUCAAUGUGGAAGGAAACCCAGGAUUGAUUGGAAAUAUCCCCUUUGAAUUUACAUUAUUGAACAGGACGCUUCAAGCUUUUAAAAUUGGUGGAACCUCCAUUACUGGAACUAUUCCACAGGAGAUGUGUGGGAUCAAUCAUCUUAGCUUUGAUUGCUCUGAAUCCCUGUGUGGCUGUGAUUGCGCUUGCCCAGAGGCUUAG